GGAAAUUAAGAUAGCCUAUCUAGUUGUCCAUUUUGAGACUAGACCACUAAAUGAGGUGUUAAAUGGUGAACCAUCUGGUGUAUGGAUAAGAUUAGUGUCUCUCUUCUCUCUUGUUUCACAGACACGCUAGUUUCCAGCUGGCCUACUCCAUAAGGACGUGGUACGAUGCUCUCUCCGAACACACGUUUCCUACCGAAUUCAUCUCACUCUCGAAACUGAGGUGGAUGUUCUGUUGGCUGCGUCUCACCCGGGGCAGACCGAGAAACCAGACCUCACAGACGAACAGAAAGAAACUCUCGAACAACUCGAAAAUAAACUCAACGAUGCCAUCGAGAAAUUCCAAGGGGACGGCGGUUUCAUAAGGGUUAAUGACAGAAACCCUACUGAUUCCAUUCUGGAACGGAACGACGCCGAGUUCGUGGCGCGGAUCCGGGACGCGGUCAUCAACGAACUGGAGGUGUUCAAGCAGUCGGCCAACGCCUACCUCAUCUGGCGAGACACGGAGAAGACAGAGGGAGCCUUCCGCCGCGGGAUGACCCGGCUUCGUCAGUCGUUCCGGAGACAAAGAGCUCCCAGCACCUCCUCUAGCUCUAAGAAAGAGAGACCUACCCAACUUGAAGACGCAGAUAAGCCUGAGCAGGCGGAGGAGGAGAAGAAAGAGGAAGAAGGGGGAGAAAAGAAAGAGGGAGAGGUGGAGAAGGAAGAGGGAGAGGUGGAGAAGGAGGACGAGGGGGGAGAAGGAGAGAAACAAGAGGGAGACGAACCAGCUGCAGCUGUAACAGUUGAAGCUCAAGUGGAAGGUAAAGGAGAAGAGAAGGCAGAGAUGGGCGAGGAACAGGCUACCCCAGCUGAGCCUACUCAACAACAAGAGGGUGGAGCAAAACCUGAGGAGAAAAAUGAAGAGGAGAUAAGUCCAGCAGCAGCACCAGAACAAGAGCCUGAGCAGCCUCCUGAGCCCAACAAAGAAGAGCUGCCCCCAGUCUGUAAGGUCAAAUCCGAGUCUCUGGAGAACGAGAUCCUGCGUGCCUUCGGUUGCGCCGUCACCUCCAUGUACAGAGCAGCCAGCGGGAAAGAAGCCAUGGACAUGCUCCUCAGGAGCGGACUCAUUAAACAGUAUCUUGAACAGCUCAAAAGCUUCGGGGAAAUUGAGGGCGUGUCUGCCACCAUCUCCGUCACCCGUUUCCAUGCCGACAUAGCUCGUUACCCUGGCAUGGUGUUCAGAGGUUUCGUAUACGAGGGUGAGCUAACGGCUCUCUCACAGAAACAUGACGACGUCACCUACUUCCCCAACGUGGCACAGUACAAGAACAUCGUCCAGUACAAAGUAAAGAAAUUCUUUGACGAGCAGAUCAAAGAGUCGUUGGCUGAACAAGGAAGCUACGUCAUUGACGUCUUUGUUUCCACUGAAAAGGUCUACGUCAUCCGACUGUCCCCAUUCUAUACCGGAACCGGCGCCUGCCUCUACACGUGGGCGGAGGACGGGAAACUUCUCACAAACCCUCCGCUGGACUUCAAGAUCAUCGAGGCGGCUCGCAAGGCCCCGGAUCUCUAUUCCGGAUUGCAGAGCCAAUGGAACAGCAUGCUCGACUCCGUACUGACCCAGAAACAGAAUGAAAACAGGGCGAACUCCGGACGCCAAUGCACCAUCCUCUGAAAAUCCCGACACGCGAGGGACGAGAAGGAAAGAGGAGAGAUAGAAAAGCUUGUUUAGGAAUGGGACGUUUACAUAAAUUAUUAUUGUUGGCAAAUUUUUGACUUUUCCGGAUCCCCAAAGCCAGAGUAAUGUUUUGAAGCCUUGUGGUUAUUGUCUUUACAUUAGCAGUUGUACAGGGUAGGUAUUGUAAUUAUAGCAGCUAGAUUUCUCAAAUAUUCAUUUCCAUUAUUGUAUAUAUCAUUAAAAAAUGAUUCAUUUUCUGGAUGCUUGUUUAUCAAUUGCUCAUCGUGAUUUCGCACCAACAUUGUACGUAUGAUGGCCA